AUGGGUGCCCGGAGAGGAAAGAGACAAGUUGAUCAGAUAGAUCUGACCCAAAGUGAUGAUGAGAACCGACAUUCGACCCCCAAGACACCCCGCGUCACUGGUGGACAGCGUUUUGGCGAGGCUGCCCUCUUUGUGCCCUUGAGCCAGUCGUCACAGGUGGCCGCUGACGAUGAAGAAGAUGACGCGCAAGCUGCCGAUGUGAUUCCGGGAAGCCAGGCUGCCGAUGAUCCGACGGCUGCUAACUCGAUGCUUUACGGGAAUGUACAUACCAAAAUUGUGGGCGUUCGUUACUAUCGUGGGCAUGCCACUUAUGGUGAACAUGUAAUUUUGAGACGGCAACCAGAGAAUCAAUAUGACUCGAAUGCUAUUCGCGUUGACAACGUUAUGGGGGCUCAGAUUGGGCAUAUCCCAAGGAAUAUGGCGGCUAAGUUGGCGAAAUAUAUGGAUACGAGGUCGCUGGUUAUUGAUGGCAUGUUGACUGGGCAUAUUGGGGCUUACGAUUGCCCGAUUGCUCUGAGCUUGUUCGGCACUAGUGACCCUGCUAGGAGACAGGACUUGAAAAGUAAGAUGGAGCAGGACAGGCUGCCUUUAAGUGAAUUCAAGCAGAGAGAGCGCGAGGAGCGGCAGCAGCAGAAAGAGCGCGAAAAGGCCCGGAAAGAGGCCGAAAAAUUAGCUCGUGCGCUAGCCAAAGGCAAAGGGCAGCAGUGGGAGGCGGCGAAUAACUCCAUGUUUUCCAACCUAUACGCUGGUGAUGGCAGUAUUGAGGGGGGAGAGAGCCUGGAGGAACUCAUUGGCCAGAGCAGCACUUUCAACCCUCGAGAUAUCGGUCAAGUGGCCGAGAACUUUGGGUUAAGUGAAGCAGACUUAGCAAAAAUGCCUAUGGCAGAUCGUCCUGCUGCUCUUUCGACGGAACUCCUCCCUUAUCAACGUCAAGGACUGGCUUGGAUGCUUGAGAAAGAAAGCCCCACACUCCCAGCUGCAGGGUCUGAUGAUGUGGUACAGCUCUGGAAGAGAAAGGACAAUAGGUUCACCAACAUCGCGACGAACUUCUCCACAUCCAUUGCGCCACCUCUCGCAAGUGGCGGUAUCCUGGCUGAUGAUAUGGGGCUUGGAAAGACCAUUCAAAUCAUUUCACUAAUUCUGGCAAACUCCGCACCGAAGAACCCAAGCUCCUCCAAAACUACACUGAUAGUAGCUCCUGUAGGGGUUAUGAGCAACUGGAAAAACCAAAUACAAGAUCACACACACAGCGAGAGCGCACCACGGGUACUUGUCUACCAUGGGACUGGAAAGAAAGAAGCCGCCAAUCUUGACCAAUACGACGUGGUAGUAACAAGCUAUGGUGCCCUUGCAAUGGAAUACAACCCGAAUGCAAAAGUGCCCCCGAAUAAAGGAAUCUUUUCCGUCCACUGGCGCCGGAUAGUCCUUGAUGAGGGACACACGAUCCGUAACCCACGGUCUAAAGGCGCGCUAGCAGCAUGUAAUCUGCGUGCAGACUCUCGCUGGACCUUGACCGGCACCCCAAUUGUCAACUCCCUCAAGGAUCUUUAUUCUCAGGUUCGCUUCCUAAGGCUCUCCGGUGGUCUUGAGGAUAUGACGGUUUUCACUAGCGUGUUGAUCCGACCUCUCAUGUCUGAGGACCCGAAUGCCCGUUUGCUUCUCCAGGCACUUAUGAGUACCGUUUGUUUACGUCGUAGAAAGGAUAUGGAAUUUGUGAAUUUGCGUCUGCCGCCCCUUACCUCCCGCGUUCUCCGCAUCAAGUUUCACACUCACGAGCAGGAGAAAUAUGAUAUGUUCCAGUCUGAAGCGAGAGGCAUGCUUCUAGAUUUCAAGUCUAAAGACAAGUCCAGCACCACCUACUCACACCUCCUCGAAGUGAUCCUCCGUCUCCGACAAGUCUGUAACCACUGGGCGCUCUGCAAAGACCGUGUCGAAAAGCUUGCACGGCUAUUGGAGGAGAAUAAGGUUGUCCCGUUAACGCCGGAGAACAUCAAAGCCCUACAAGACAUGUUACGAAUCCAGAUUGAGAGUCAAGAGACAUGCCCCAUCUGUCUAGAUACCCUAGACCAACCAGUUAUCACAGCUUGUGCCCACUCUUUCUGUAAAGGUUGCAUCGAACAAGUAAUCGAACGACAGCACAAAUGUCCUAUGUGUCGUGCUGAGAUCAACGACACAUCCACACUCGUCGCACCUGCCGCCGAAAUGGGCGAAAGCAUCGAAACUGUUGUCGCAGACCCCGACAACCCAAGCAGUAAGAUUGAGGCUCUAAUCAAAAUCCUCACAGCCCAAGGCCAAGCGCCCAACACAAAAACGGUCGUCUUCAGCCAAUGGACCUCAUUCCUGAACCUCGUCGAACCUCACCUCAACCGCUAUGGCAUCGGCUUCGCCCGCAUCGACGGCAAAAUGAGCUCGCUAGCCCGUGACAACUCCACCUACCGAUUCUCACACGAUCCCAACUGCAAAGUCCUUCUCGCAAGCUUGAGCGUCUGCAGUGUCGGCCUCAACCUAGUGGCAGCAAACCAGGCCAUCCUCGCCGAUAGCUGGUGGGCCCCGGCAAUAGAAGACCAAGCCGUUGACCGAGUCUACCGCCUCGGCCAAACACGCGAAACAACCGUCUGGCGUCUGGUGAUGGAAGAUAGUAUUGAAGAUCGUGUCCUGGCCAUCCAGGAAACAAAGCGCAAGUUGAUGUUGGCCGCUUUCCGCGAAACCGCUAAGAAAAAGAAGGUCGAUGAUAGAGCCACUCGGGUUGCGGACCUCGAGAAGCUGCUUACUUGA